UGUUCCGAUAAUCAGAGUUUGUACAGAUCGCUUCCUCCGAUUUCUCCUUCGGCCGAUCGUAGCCAUGCUUUCCGGCGAUAUUCCUCCGAGUCAGACCAUCUAUAUAAGAAAUCUGAACGAGAAGGUGAAGAAAGAAGAGUUGAAGAGAUCAAUUUAUGAUCUAUUUUCCCAGUUUGGAAGGAUUUUGGAUGUUGUGGCCUUGAAAACCGAGAGACUCCGAGGUCAAGCAUGGGUGGUGUUUAGCGAAGUUACUGCUGCUAGUAAUGCAGUUCGGCAAAUGCAGAGCUUUCCGUUCUAUGAUAAACCUAUGGUGUGCUCCUCUGAAUCCAUUUUUUUAAAUAACA